GCCGAACUUAGUUUUCACCUGAAGGCUCAAAGCCGCUUCAGUCAAACAAAUCAAGUGUUCUUUCAGAGAUAACGAUAUGUUCAGUAUUUUCUUUAGUAUAGUCAAAUUUAUAUGUGUGUGUAUGAAUUAACAACAUGAAAGAUAUGCUCCUCAGUGUCAGAUCAUAGCACUCGACAUUCAUGUCUAUUUGUGGCAGCAGUGUGGUGCUCAGAUUUGCUCAGAUUAGCAGGAUCUGGCCUCACAAUGCAGCUUUGUUGCACAGACAGAUUAACACAUCAAGUGACCGGAGGUGUGGGAGAGCCUUGCUUACAUUUUCCUUUCCUUCUUUGCCGUUUACAACAUUGUCCCUGGGCUCUGCCGUCCCACGUCUCGAGCAACAACAAGUAGGAUGGCCAGGUGUUUUCAUUUUCAUACUGAUUUGUUGCCAGGUUGGGCUUGUGAGUUCCAGUUCAAACACUGAAGCUGAACUCAAGCGAAGCCCAAAAAAAAAACAAAGACGCUCCGUCCAUCGGGUUCUCUCAUGUUAGACCACAUCCUGCCUGCAGAUUGGUCUAGAAGAAGCAGUGAAAGACAGCAAUGACAGUGACAUACUCUCGGAGAGUUGCUGAUGCAGGUUUGGGGACCUUUUUUCACCUGCUGCUGCGAUGGAAAGGCAGCAUCUACAAACUGCUGUACAGAGAGCUCAUCAUCUUCACAGUGCUCUAUUAUUUCUUCAGCGUCGUUUACAGGUUUCUACUAAGCAGUGAGCAGAAGAGGCUGUUUGAGAAGCUGUCGAUAUAUUGUGAUCGCUAUGCAGAACUCAUCCCUGUGUCGUUUGUGUUGGGUUUCUAUGUGACUCUGGUUGUUUCCCGUUGGUGGGGUCAGUUUGAGAACAUACCCUGGCCAGACCGUUUGGCAGCACUAGUAGGAGGCCAUGUCCGUGGGACCGAUGACACUGCCAGGCUGACCCGAAGAACACUGAUGCGCUACGUCAACCUCUCAGGAGUUCUGAUCUACCGCUCUGUCAGCACUGCCGUCUACAAGAGGUUUCCAACCACUGAGCAUUUGGUGCAGGCAGGUUUGAUGACCUCAGAGGAACUGAGGCACCUGGAGGAUCUACCUUCACCCCAUAACAAGUUCUGGGUGCCCUGCACAUGGUUCGUCAACUUGGCUUUGAGAGCCCGGACUGAGGGUCGCAUCAACAAUGAUGUGGCCCUCACAGCCAUUCUCACUGAGCUGAACAGCCUGAGGGCAAAGUGUAUGAAGUUGUACGGUUAUGACUGGAUUAGCCUGCCUCUCGUCUACACUCAGGUGGCAACAGUUGCGGUCUACAGCUUCUUUCUGGCUUGUCUGAUUGGCCGACAGUUCCUGGAUCCUGCUCAGGGAUAUCCGGGACAUGAUGUGGAUUUCUACCUGCCGGUUUUUACCCUGCUGCAGUUUUUUUUCUAUGUUGGCUGGCUGAAGGUGGCUGAGCAACUCAUAAACCCUUUUGGUGAAGACGAUGAUGACUUUGAAACAAACUGGCUAGUUGAUCGGAACCUGCAGGUGUCUCUUUUGUCUGUGGAUGAGAUGUACGACAGCUUGCCACUGGUUGAGAGGGACAUGUACUGGAAUGAGUCGGAGCCCCAACCUCCUUACACUCCUGCCAGUGCUGAACACCGUAAGCCCUCCUUCAUGGGUUCGGCUUUAGAUAUCAGUGUUCCUAAGGAGGAGAUGGAGUUCCAGUCCAACUUGGAACAAAUCAAAGAACAUGAAGAAGCCAACUAUACCACUCCACUACUUGGAGGGUUGGGCCGUCUUUUGGGCGUCCAGUCCCCAAACUUUCCUCGCUCGUCCCGGGUGCCUCUGCUGCGCCGCCGCCCUGGAGCUCCACUGAACCGCUUCCCUCUUUACUUGCACCCAGAAGCACCAUCGACCCCUACUCAAGCCCGCUACCCUUUGAACCAGGACCGGGAUCCGGACUACGCCUUCUCCACUGUUCCCAUGUAUGAAAGGCCAGGAUUUUACAGCUGCCCCCAAACACCAAUUCAUUGUGUGCCCCCGGCAGUGCCUCGCCCUCGCCAUCCCCGGCGGACCCAAAACGAUUGGGAACGCAGCUGCAGCUCCAUGGCCCCUCAGACUGUGGGCUCCCAGUUACUGGCUCCGGACACACCCAACCAUCUCCCACCACCUCCAUCUUCUGCAUUUCCCUGGUUGUGCGGGGAGGGAGAGUCGCAGAGUGGACCGGCGUUCUCCUUCCCCGACCCAGCACCGGAACUCUGCCCCAUAUCUAAACUCAGACCAGGACAUGGCCUACUGUCCCGACGCCCGCCGCCCCCUCGCCUCACUUUAGACACCCUCCCAGCUGCUGACAGCCAGCCAGGACCCCUGAGUGCUCGGGCAACGGGAGGUGGAGGUGAAAGAGUGUUCUCAUUCACUCCCCCCUCUCACACAGCGGCACCAAAUCCCUGUAAUCCCAACAGUAGCUCCGGCAGCAUUAAUGCAACAAGCACCAACAGCGCUGCCACAACAGGAAGUCUUUGCAAUGGAACAAGCCACAGUGGUUUUAGCAACCAUGGAAACUUCACCUCAAAUCCGAGGAUGAGCAAUGGGAGCGGAAGCGCUGGGUCGAGUACCAACAUGAACACAGUUUCUACAUCUGCGCCUUCACAAGAAGCGAAUCAGCAAAACUCAGCCAAUGAUUCGGGAAUCUCAUUGACUGAGGGGGAUCUGCUGGGAGUUCUGGUGGAUGGUGGGAUGAAUAAGGAAGAGAAAGGGAGCAGGACUGAGGAAAAAACUAACUAAUUUGAAGCCUUUUAUAUAUUUGAUUCUGGAACUAUGUUCAAUCAGUGAUGUAACAAGAAACAUUAUGGUAAAAAAGGAAUUAGCUCUUUGUGACUUGAAUUAGUUUGUUGAUGCCAAGAGACGUUUUAAGGCCAGCACCCAGUCAUGCUGAACAUUAAAGUAGCUUAUUACAUCUCUAAUAUGAAAUCAAUAUGUAUGACACAUUGCUGGACUUUGUCAAACCCACAUCUACAAAUUAAGGACUUUGUGUUAAAGCCUAUUUCCUGAAUUAGCUCAGAAUUGACCUACUUCUUAUGCAAAAAUCCCCUUAAGGGAACUGACACUGAGCCAGUAAGAAAUUUCAAACUUGUACACUUCUACUGAAAACCAAGCUUAACUGUUUAUAGCCCUCUUCUUAGCUUUGUGCUAAUCUGUAUGCUAUUAAAUUAUAUAUUAAAUAACAUGCUGUGCUACUUUUAUCAUUGUUUAUUUAAAUAAAAAUAA